AUGGCGCUUGAUCCCGGCUCUAGAGCGUGGACGGGCUCGCCCGAGAGCUCUGGGCGAGAUUCCCCCAUUCCGCGACAGAGGCGCAACCAGCUUGGCGGGGAGGAAGCUCCCAUUAACGAUAAGGCAUACAGAAGAUACGCAUCUGGGGUGGAAAAAGCCCUCUCGCUCUUUGAGACGGCGCUGGAAGAAUGGGCCGACUACAUAUCUUUCCUGAACAGGGUCCUCAAGAAAGCCCUCGAGGUCUACAAUUAUGUUUUCGACACGAUCGGAGCUGAUGGUCUGUCCAGAGACCUUCCACUAUACCUCCCCGGAAUCGCACCGACGUUAUCGUUUGCCUCUCUAUCCGUUCGCUCGCCCUUUCUCGAACUGCUCGAGAAAUACUUCAUCAAGCUGGACGCCCGGUUCCUGCGACCCGCCAUGCGAUCGAUCAUAUUAGCCCUUCUUCCCGGCUUGGAAGAUGAGACAAGUGAGGACUUUGAUCGCACUUUGAAUCUAGUUGGAAGCUUCAAGAAGGCCAUUCGACCGACAGCUACGAAGGAGCUGACAGGCUAUCACUCUGUUGGUGACGACUUCUUCUGGCAGUGCUUCUUCUUAGCUUCCAUUACCAGUCAUAGCCGGCGCGCCGGGGCUUUAGCCUAUCUCGUGCGCCACCUUCCAGCUCUUGGGGCUCCAAUCGGCGCUACGGACCUCGACAAGAGCAGCCAAGAACUUGCCACAAUGGUGACAUCGCCUGAGCCAGGACUGCUGAUCCGAUGCUUUGCUAGUGGCCUCGCAGACGAACAAGUUCUUAUUCAACGCGGGUUCCUCGAUUUGCUUGUGUCACACCUGCCCCUCAACUCAAAGGUCCUACAAACUCGCGUUAAAUCAUCUGAUCUUGAGCUGCUGCUCAAGUCGGCUGUUGGGGUGGUCAUUAGACGAGAUAUGAGUCUAAACCGUCGCCUGUGGGCUUGGUUGCUAGGCCCUGAGCCUGCGGUUCCAGAGAAUGAACAUGCACAUGAUGCUACCAGCGCUCCACCAGAGCAGCAACAUGCCUAUCUUUCUGCCCGAACUCAAUACUUUGAGGAAUAUGGACUUGCAGCACUGACGAGAGCGCUUCUGGAUAUGAUCAAAGACGCAGAAUCGAGCAGCGUCUCAGAACGUGCAAAGCCCUACCGUAUUUGCCUGUCGCUUAUGGAUAGAUGGGAGAUUGGUGGGCUAGUCGUUCCAGAAAUCUUUCUACCAGUAGUCCAGAGUGUGCAGCGCUUCAAGCAAACGACUUCCUCCUCGGCAGAGUUCAAGGAAGUCUUGCGGAGCGCAAGCGUCUUCUUUGACGGCAUAGAAAGCGGUCUCAUCUAUAGCGAGAUUGUUGCUCUUCUUGCCCAGGCUAUCGGGCCUGGGAACUCGGGGCCUACGCAACGUAGUGAGAAACUGUCACUUGUUAGCUUUAUUGUCGCCAAUUUCAACGUCAGAGAAGAGGAAAUGGUGACUGUACACGCCCCUCUGACGUGUCUCGCAGCCCUUUACAUGCUUGAAGACCUAGAAGAAAGGCAGACAAAAAGUGCGACUGGGUCAUUCUCCGUAGAAUUGGUGAAUGAAGUCUUGUCGAUUGUGGCGUCAUUCUUGGAUCUCAUCCCAGAGCGCACAUUCCCGGCGCCGUCGACGAAAGCUAACACGGAGUGCAAAGUCCUGUCUUUAACCAACAUGGAUCUCCUCAAGAAGAUACGAAAUUUUUAUGUGAACGAGCAAGGCAACUUGGAUGUUUCGCCAGCUCCGUUCACUGCUGUCGAAUCUGGGCAGCUUCUCAUUCAGAGGGCCGCCAAAAAUGUAUACCAAGGUGAUAAGACGACAGGACUAUCGGCAGAAAUCAAUCUGCGGGUACGGAUAUUCUUGCAAGUGCUCACAAAAACCCCUAAACAAUAUGGAUUUGAGGAGGGAGCACUGCUUUCGUUCACGCGCCGGGAAUUGUCCAACGGAAAACUCCUUUCGUUUGCUACGUUUUCCUCAAUCUUGACUCUGGUCAGUCAACUAUACUACGCCGACAGGAUCACACUCUCACAACUGUCCGAUCUGGUACUGCCUCUGGUUCGCCAUGCUUGGUCUUACUUGUCCGUAUCAGAACCCAAGUUUCAUGUCGAGACUGUCCGCUGUCUUUGGCAGCUGCAAACGGCCCUGACUUUGGAUCGUCGCGACAUCGAGGCAGCGCUGUCUACUUUGAUCGUCGAAAAGAAGAAUUGCGACAAUGCCGAUACGGGCCGAACGUUUGCUGUGCUCUGGUCGCAUACCUUGCAGGAUAACCAGACGGAACGGCGUGGAUCGAGAACAACAUUUCUAGCUGAACCUCGGUCGAGGCUCGCCGGCGCAGACGUUUACGAGGUCAUGCUAACACAGCCUUUGUUUCUUGUACUUGACGCGUUGAUGGAUGAACGAACUCAUUUGUAUAUGAACGUAAAGUCGUGGCUGAAUAGCAUGGUCGGCAUUGACAGGGAUGCUAUUUCCACUGACCAACUGGAUACGACAGCGCUAUUAUUCUCGGAAAGCGACGAUCUGGAUCUUUGCUUGUACUACAUCCGGACUAUGCACAAUGUUCUUGGCUGCGCGGGCGACAUUCCUUGGGCCAUUAUGGGGUCCAGGCACGUUUAUCCUAGGGAUGAAAACUUACAAAUUAGUACCGGCGGCGAGGGUAACGAAAUGACGCUCCAGGAACUGCUCUUUCGAAUGCUGAUAAGAUGCCUCACCGGGGAGCCUUCGACAGAAGACAGCGAUGUUAUCGACAGAACCUACCAAUUACAAAGAUAUGCUCUGAUGAUUCUUCACCAAUUCCUGAUUGCGCCGCAAUCUAGUCGCCUGUCUCGCUUUCAUGUCGAGAAUGUUCUCAUCGACAGGCUCGGGAGGUCCAUCACUGGCCCCGAUCCUUACAUCCAGGUGCUUCUCCUAGAUUCCGUUUUCGCAGCGCUGAAGCUACAUGAGCCUUCCACGCCUGAACGACCCCUCUCCGCAAUAUCUGAAAAAUACCACUCAACGACAGAUCUAACUCGACCCAGGAGGCUUUCGAGUUCAAAUGCAGACAACCACCCACCUCAAAAUAGUCUACCUCCGCAGCUUCUCAAAUGCCUGUUGUCAGGACUUGGAGCUCGAAACAGUCAACUCGUUCUCGAUAGCUGGGUGAAUUUUCUGGGCCGUUGCUUACCGCUGUAUGGCGGAACUAUAUUUCAAAUCGUUAUCCCGUUGGUCGAGACUCUCUGCAAGCAAGUUGGCACAACGUUUACAAAUCUGCGAGCCACAUUCGGUCUGGCGAACACCAACUCUGGUGCACAGAUUGCUGCCCCAGAAACCACACUGAUUUUUCUCCUCAAUGGCCUGGAGCAAGUUCUUGCGCGUGCGCACGACCAGCUGCUGGCAGACGAGGCGCGUGCUCAGGCAUUGAAAAGCCCCGAUCAACCCCAGUCACUGUUCGGCAGCAUGGUGUCCGGCGUGUUCCAGUCAGACGUUCCGCAAGGCCGCAGCGCAACUGCAAACGAUCGCCUUACUGUCCACCUUGCCUUUCAGGAUGCGGUCCGUAUCUGCUACAUGAUCUGGUCCUGGGGCCAAGGUGAUGACGCGACCGCUAACGACGCCUCUGCGACUGCUUCGUUCAUGUAUACCUCCCUACGAAUGAAGAAUCGCGCCAGAAGACUCUUGGAGCAUCUCUUCGCCGCCGAGACAUUGGAGUGCUUGGAAACCAUUGUCGAUAUUUGGAAGCAAGCCACCCCCGAGGUGCAAAAGUCUGAAGUCUUUAAGUUUCUGGCUGCACUCGAGGCAUCCCGGCCACGGCAAACAGUGCCCUCGAUAUUCAACGCUAUCUACAGCCGGACAAAUCCCAGUGCUCUGGACCCAUCCCGUACUUCAACGCUGACCAUAUCGCUCGAGGACACAGACUUGGGCCUGUUCUUAGUCCAGUACACGCAAUCGCUGGACGACGAUGCCAUGGAUGAAAUCUGGCAAGAUUGCAUCAUCUUCCUCAAGGACAUACUGGCCAAUCCGUUUCCUCAUCGGCAGACACUCCCCAGUCUGCUUGAGUUCGCCGCGACCCUGGGCGAGAAGGUGGACAAUACCAACUUUGGCGAGCAGCGCAAGAUGCGACGCGAACUCGGCGAUCUCUUCAUCAGGCUCCUGGCGGCUCUCUUCACCACCCGGCCCAUUACCUUUGCCGAGCCGGCCUCGUCGACCGAAAAGCCCACCAAGAGCGAUGCCGCCGACGCGCGGGACGUUGUCGGCAUCCUCGCAUCCGUGGUGCCCAACCUGUCCAAGGUCCUGCCGGAACCGGACCGGGUGCUCGCCGCCGCGGGCACCAUUUCCACCAACGUCAUCGGCCCGACGCUGCGCACCAAGACGUUUCCCGAGUCAGUCACGCGGCACACGCUCCGCCUGCUACACGAGCUGUCGCGGCUACCCAACAACCAGCGGUCCUGGAAAAAGGACGUCGGGGACGCCUUCCACGACGGACGCUUCUUCGGCAUGGAUCUGGCGCUCGUGACGGACGGCUGGCUGCCGCUGCUGCGGCAGUGGACUGCCUCGGACAAGGAGAGGCUGCCCGAGGUCAUGGGCCGCAUCGCGGCGCCGACCACCGCGGGCAUCGUGUUCGGUGUCGGCGCCACGUCGGCGCGCCUGGAAGCCGACCGCAAGACGCAGCUCAACCUGCGGCGCGCGGCGACGCUCAUUCUCGCCGGCGCCGACGACGCCUUUGCCGCAGACCUCGGCGCCGUCGUCGACAAGCUCGUGGAGCUACUCGCGGCGACGAGCACCUCGUCGCCGUCGUCGACAACGCGCGCCGACGUCUACAUGGUGGUGCGCGCGCUCGUGCUGCGAACCGACCCGCUGCACCUCGCCAUGCUCUGGCCCGUCGUCUGCACCGAGCUGCACGCGGCCCUCGCCUCGGUCGCCGCCGCCGCGUCCCUCGACGACGACACGUACCCGCCCGCCGCCGUCCUGCAGGCCUGCAAGCUGCUCGACCUCGUCGUCUGCCUCGCCCCCGACGACUUCCAGCUCCACCAGUGGCUGUUCCUCACCGACAGCAUCGACGCCGUCUACCGCUCCUCCUCGUCCCGUCCCGUGGCCCUCGCCGACGAGCUCGCCGAGGACCUCGGCAGCGCCGUCGCCGCCGCCACCACAACCACCACCACCGACGGCCACGCGGCGACGGCGAAUCAUAGCGCCGGCUUGCGCCGCCUGCUCAUCGGGCCGGGCGGCAUCGCCGACGACGCGGCGAGCCUGCUCGAGCGCCGCGACGACCUCGUCGCAAAGGUGCUGCGGCCGUUUUUCGCGCAGCUCAGCAUCUUUGCGUUUGAGUCGACGUACGCCAUGGGCGCGCCGGACGUGGCGGGCUGCGUGCAGAGCCUGCUGCGGGAUCUCUUUGAUGACAGGACCAUGGUCAAGGCUCUCUGA